AUGUCAAGAACAAUUACUACAUGUACUUUUCAAUUUAUUUUAUUUCUAUAUGAAUAUCUCGCAUGGCAAUUAGAAAUAAAAAAUUAUACAACACAUAGUCAUCAUCGUGAUUUAUUUGGAUCAAAUACAUAUUUUUUAAUUGUUCAAAUAAAUUCAUUACCACAUCUAGCUGCUGUUUAUGUUUAUUAUCAUCGAAUUAAAUGGGCUAUGUUACUUUACAUACCUUAUUUAAUACUUUUUACUAUUGGACAAAUUUUUACUUGGUGGUUACCAUAUUUUUUUCAAAAAGGUUUAUGGUAUAGCGAUGAAACUGGUGAAAAAUUAGCACAAUAUAAAAAAUAUCAUACAAAUUAUCAUCGAAUUUUACCACGUUUUAAAGAUCAUGUUAUUAUUCCUGAUACAGAACAUACAAUUUUAUUUAUUUUAACUUUAAUUACACUUAUACUAACAAUUCGAACAAUGAUUUUAACAAUAAAAAAUAAAACAUUAAAAAUUAAAAGUCAAUAG